GUCAUUUCCGCCCCAGCUCUGUGCGUGAUUUUUUUUCAUCGGGAAAAGAUGGCGGCCGCACAGUUAACUGAUGAAGAGCUUUUCUCAGAGUUAAAGCGCCUCGGGUUCACUCCCGGUCCGGUAUCCGAGAACACACGGCCCGUUUAUCUGAAAAAGCUCAAGAAGCUACGCGAGGAUCAGCAGCGGCGGGGAUCCAGGUCCGUAAAAACUCGCAACAGCAGCAGCAUCAACAGCGGCGGUGGCAACAGAGCGGCGGGAGCUGCAGUGCUGGUGGCUAGGCCAGUCAGUAAUGACGGCACGUAUCUGGGACCCAGCAGGAGCCCGGGCGGCCGUCCGGCUCUGAACGAAAAGCGCUCCGUCGGAGUGAGCAAGUUUGUUUUGGGCUUCAGUUCUGACGAAUCGGAUGUUGAAAGCAACCAGAAGAAAGGAGGCCCGCAGCCCAGCAGCAGGAGGGACCACGGAUCCGGACAUCAGCAGCCGCCACUAAGGCCUAUAGCAACACCCACAGCCGCUCGCAGGAGCCUGGGAGGCGGUGUGAGUAGCAGCAGCCGCACUAGUCCCUCCCUCGGUCUGUCGGAGGCGAGGAGAGGCGCCUUGGUGUCUCCUUGGUGGGCUGAUCGGGAGAAACCGAGCAGUGGGGGGUCCCAACGUAACGAGGAAGUGGGAGGCGGUUGCGAGGAAACAGAGGAAGAUGAUUAUGACGAGGAAGAAGCGGAAAGGGAGACUCGGGCUCUGAACGGCAGUGGAGCUUCCUACCCGCUGAACCGCAGCAAACUCGCGGACGAUUAUUCCGACUCGGAGGAGGAGGAAGAGGACGCGUCGCCGAAGGUAAUCGGAAAGGGAAAGCUCGAUCGGCGACUACCUUCCAGACGAAGCCAGUCGAAAGCGCUACCAUCCUUCCUCAGCGGUGCCCGGGGGGCCCAGGAGGGAGAGGAGCGGCGAGGAGGUGCGUUUGGAGCAAAUGACCAGCCGGCGGGAGACUUUCCGGAGGAGGAAGAGGACGACAGAAACGCGAGCACGGGCGAGUCGGUACUGAGCGGCGGCUUGCGGAGCCGCGGAUACCCGUGGAGGUCGGCGAUUAUGCGCGAGAGCGUCGCGGAUGGCGGUACCAGCGCCCCCCCUGCGUACAACAAUAACCACGUCGACAGUGGGAACGGAGGCGGCGGCACCAGCGGCCGGUUCAGUAUCGGCUUAAAACCACGGUUCUCUACAUACAACAGCCUCCUGGCGGCUUACCCGUCCAAUCACUCCAACCACGCGGGCCCGAACAAUGCGUACGGCCAGGCCAGGCCGAAGCAGACCGUCGCGGUCCCAGAAGAGGAGCUGCUCCAGCAGUUUAAGAGAGAGGAGGUGUCGGCCACGGGCGGCUUUAGCGCGCACUAUCUGUCCAUGUUUCUGCUCACGGCAGCGUGCCUCUUCUUCCUGCUGCUCGGGCUCAUGUACCUGCGAAUGCGCGGAUCCGGCGGAUCGGAUGAGGAUGUCGUAAUCAAGCAGCAUCCCUUUGGCCCCGACUUUGACAGAGCUUAUGAAAGCAAAGAAAAAGACAUGAUUCUCAAGGUCCUGCUGCACCUGCACGACCAUCUGGCUGUAAUUGCUGGCGAACAUGACUGCGGGGACCACAGCCGCUACCCCAACAGAAGUCUUCUGGUCAGUGAGGCAUCCGAGUACUUAAUGCUCCAUGGCCCAGAAUACGAGGACUUCUUUGCCACGUCUCUGGAGUGGGUCAUCAAAUCCGGAGAGGACGUUGGCAUCAGGUUGAUUGGCAGAGACCCGGAGGAGCUGGUGAUGGACUUCUCGGACGUCUCGCUCCUGGAGUCCACUCACCCCAAAAUGUCCUUCAUCUGCCGCUUCCGCCGGGCCUUCCUCACGGUCAUCCACAGAAUCCUGCUCGGCAUGGCGGGCGUGGCAGCAGUGCUGGGCCUGGCCUACUUCAUGAAGUACCGCUGGAGGAAGGCGGAGGAGGAGACCAGACAGAUGUACGACAUGGUGGAGAGGAUCAUCGACGUGCUGAGGAGCCACAGUGAGGCGUCUCAGGAGAACAGAGAUCUGCAGCCCUACCUGCCCAUCCCCCACGUGCGCGACUCCCUGGUGCAUCCCCAGGAAAGGAAGAAGAUGAAGAAGGUGUGGGAGAGGGCGGUGGCUUUCCUCUCUGCCAACGAAUCGCGGAUCCGCACCGAAACCCAGAGGGUGGGUGGGGCCGACUUCCUGGUCUGGAGGUGGAUUCAGCCCUCGUUGCCCGGCGACAAGAUGUCGGCCAUCCCUUCCAAGGUCUGGCAGGGCAAAGCUUUCCCGCUGGACAGGAGGAACUCUCCACCCAACAGCCUGACCCCCUGUCUGAAGAUCCGGAACAUGUUCGACCCCAUAAUGGAGGUGGGGGAGAACUGGCACCUGGCCAUCCACGAGGCCAUUCUGGAGAAGUGCAGCGACAACGACGGCAUCGUCCAUAUCGCCGUCGACAAGAAUUCUCGCGAGGGCUGUGUGUACGUCAAGUGUCUGUCUGCAGAGCACUCUGGGAAGGCUUUCAAAGCGCUCCACGGCUCCUGGUUUGAUGGCAAGCUGGUGACGGUGAAGUACCUGCGCUUGGACCGGUACCACCAGCGCUUCCCGCAGGCUGAUGGCUGCAUUACACCCCUGAAGCCGUCCAGCAAACUCAUGAACACCAUGGCCCACCUCCGCCAUCGCUCCAGCCCAGCCAGCAAGCUGGGCCCCUCCUGAGAGCGCCCCCUGCAGGGCUGGUGAGCGCAUCGCCCUCUACCCUCGCCCCCCGACAAACUGCUCUUCCUGGGGCUGCUCAAUUACAGAUGUAAGGGUGGCGACUUGGGACACAUUUCCCUUGAUAUUUUUUUAUAAACGCAGAAUUAAAAGGUGAAUUUUCAGACCACUUGCCCACCUUGGGAGGGGUUAUGGUUGGGGUGGGGGUGGGGUGCGGUGUUGGGGGGAUAAUGGAGGGGUGGGGGGACUGCAGCUUUUUUUGAGGGAGCUCUGACGUCUUGUUUCUUUGCUGGAGCAGUGGGACUCUGCUUUUUUAAAGUUAAAACCUUUUCUAUAUGGAUCAGCAAGGAGACAAAAGACAGCCAGUCCCAAUAUCAUAUUUUUAAAGAUGUACAUGAAAUAAUACCCUGCUUCUUUUCAGUUAUUCUUUUGGGUUUUGUUUUUUUGUUUAAUGUGGCCCUUAUGGAAAUUUAAAAGAGUUCAGUGGGCCUGUACAUUGAGUUGCUGCAUGUGCUGGUUGAAGCAUUGGCCUAUUUAAACUUUGAAUUGUAACAUAUGAUGUGGAUAUUUAUUUUCUGCACAUGUUUGUGGUGAUGUAAUCCCUCUUAUUUUUAGCUUUGGUUUAAACAAAGAUGUGGUGCACGGAAACGAGAUGGCCUGGUGUGCUGUAAAUAUAAUAUUUGCGGGGGGGGGGGUGAUAGUAUUGAUGGCAGUUUCUCUGUUUGGAAAUGUCUGUGUAAUCGAGCUCUCCAUUCUUACCCGUGCGCAAAUAAUCACACUCCACUGCAUCUGUACUGAGAGGGUAAAGGCUCUACCGUGGAAGGAAGUGGGAGACUGCGGGUGAUUUUGGUUGCGUUUAGCGUUGGGGGGGUGGGUGCUGGUGUGUGAUGCAGUCGAUGACAGUGACAUGGACGGCCAAUCGGCUGCUGUUCCGUUCAGACCUGCACUCCGAUACGUUCUGUGGACUGUCAGUCACCUGAAAAACGCCUCCUGGUUUGAGCUCGGUGUAUACGACAGACUACCGGGUCACCUCUCGAUUUUAAACCAUUAAACCUGUUUUGUUCAAAAAGGAAAAUGAUCAGUGAACCCCCCACCCCCUGCCUCCUGGAACAUCUGCUGGUACAUUUCAGCAUUUGUAUCUUUGCAGGAUAUGGGACUUCUUUAAAAAAAAAAAAAAAGAAAGAAAGAAGAGAAGGUAAUGAACGUGUGUGAAUGUUAGGUUCUGUGGUUUCUGGGCACAGUCUCUGUCUUUUUUAUUUCUAAAUGGACCUCUCAGUCACAUGAUCACUCUGUGUGUGUCCAGGAUGUAUUUUUUGUUAGUUCUUCCACUACAGCAGCCAGUGUCUCAAGGUUAUGCCAGCGGCUGUGUGCUCAGCUCAGAUCCCCACGGCAACACAAUGCUUGAAGCUCAGAUCCCCAUGGCAACACAAUGCUGAAGCUCAGAUCCCCACGUAAACGCAGUGCUGAAGCUCAGAUCCCCACGGCAACGCUAUGCUGAAGCUCACAUCCCCACGGCAACGCUAUGCUGAAGCUCACAUCCCCACGGCAACGCUAUGCUGAAGCUCAGAUCCCCACGGAAACGCAGUGCUGAAGCUCAGAUCCCCAUGGCAACACAAUGCUGAAGCUCACAUCCCCACGGCAAAGCUAUGCUGAAGCUCAGAUCCCCAUGGCAACGCAGUGCUGAAGCUCACAUCCCCACGGCAACGCUAUGCUGAAGCUCACAUCCCCACGGCAACGCUAUGCUGAAGCUCACAUCCCCACGGCAACGCUAUGCUGAAGCUCAGAUCCCCACGGAAACGCAGUGCUGAAGCUCAGAUCCCCAUGGCAACACAAUGCUGAAGCUCACAUCCCCACGGCAACGCUAUGCUGAAGCUCAGAUCCCCAUGGCAACGCAGUGCUGAAGCUCACAUCCCCACGGCAACACAAUGCUGAAGCUCAGAUCCCCACGGCAACGCAGUGCUGAAGCUCCGAUCCCCACGGCAACACAAUGCUGAAGCUCAGAUCCCCAUGGCAACACAAUGCUGAAGAGCAGAUCCCCAUGGCAGCACAAUGCUGAAGCUCAGAUCCCCAUGGCAACGCAGUGCCGAAGCUCAGAUCCCCACGGCAACGCUAUGCCGAAGCUGACGCUCACAUUCUGACAGUUUAUCUCAUUAUGGUGCUCGGUGUUUGUCUGGUCUGAUCCACAAACAUACAUCAUCACUUUUUUGGGUUGUUUUUUUUGCAUUUGUAAAUUGAUGAUCAUAAGUGAGAUGAUUUGAGGGAACAGGGGUCGUACUCUGACGAAUAAGCUGACGUUUGUGUUUCAUAAGUGAAAUGUGUCCUACUUUACCCUCAUGGAGGUCCUGUCCUAUAUGAGUAACAGAUGUUUGAGUGUGUUUGAGAUAUUUGACAUAGACCAUAUAUAUUUAUCAAAUAAGCUUAAAGUCACAGGACCAUCAAAUACCUUCUUUUCCUUUUUUGAAAAUGCAGAGUAUUUCCAGCAUAGCAUUGUGCUAACUGUGCACAUAUUAAAUCAUUACAAAACUGAUGCGCACACUUCCUGCAGAAUAUAACCUGAUCGUGCCUUAAGUUUGUGCAUUUUUUGUUUAUUUUUGUUUUUAAUUGAUAGCACCACAUUUCUUGAGAAUGUAAUUUGGGUUUAUAACGUGUCCGAAAGGUUUAAACUUUGAAUCCGUUGUAUUAAAUUGCACAGCUGAUGUAAUGAUAAAAAAGUGACAGAAGCAUCACAGCCGGAGAUCUUUGCGGUAUGUUGUGUGCAUCGCGGUAAUGUUUAUAUUUUUGUAUACGUUUCGGCCCGGCUCGAAGCACCUGGAUUUUUUAAAGCCCUUUUUGCAGGAGUGAAUGUAUCAUUAGUCAGUGUGGCACUUCUCAAAGGUGGCGCUGGAGUCUGGCUGCACUCUUCUCCCCUUCUGGUGUAUUUUCUGUAAACGCUGUACAUUUAUAUAAUUGUAAUACGUCCUAUUAUGCAGCCUGUUUUUCAUUAUAAAGAAACAUCUUAAGUUGACCAAUAUUCAUCCCUCCCUGCAAGACAGAGGGGAAGGUGUACAAAUAUCCAGACAUUUAAAGAAAAAUUCAGAUGUUUUAAUGUAAUUUGUCACUUGUCUUGUUAAAACGGCUCUAAUUAAAAGGUUUAUUAGGGGUUUUUAA